CACACACACCACACUCUUAGUCUCUUACUCUUCAUCGUGCAAAAACCCUACCUAGAGAGAUUUUCUCGUUUUUGCCUCGUCGUUGAAGCAGGUUUCCUCGUUUUCGGUUCUAGAAUCUCCGGAGCUUCCGUUUCAAGACAAUGGCUUUGACUGUUGGAGCAGUCGAAAUGGUUUUGUCUGGAGAAGUGACAAGUGAGAAAGACAUGAAUAUGAAUCCAGUGCUACAGGUGAAGAAGGUGUCUCUGGUUUCUAUUAAUGAUGUUGACGAGCCGAGGUACAUUGUGGUGGUAUCUGAUGGAAGGCAAUCAGUAAAGGCAGUGCUGGCCAAGACUCUCAUAGGCUUUGUCAAAGAAAACUUCAUCAAAGUUGGUUCUUGUGUUCGCCUAACUCAAUUUGGUUCGCAAAUGCACAGGGAGAGAAGGUUUUUGUAUGUGGUUCAACUUGAGGUCAUUCAUGAUUUGCCCACUUUGGAUGACGCGAUGUCGAUUGAGUCAGGGGAACUCAUGUCGAGUGUUCCUGAAUCACCACCUGAUUCACCAGAGGAAGGUGAAAUUUUGCAGAAUGCUAUUUCCAAGAAUGAUGCUUCAGCAGAAAUGAAGACCUUUCGCGAGGCGCUAGGAGAUGCUAAACGUUUCAUCCACCACACGAAAUACUCAAAAGAUGAGAUCCGGGCCACAAUCAGGGUUCUUAACCGGCAGAUAGAUAAAUUGAACAGAUGCUGGGAUGACUUCAGUGGUGUUCAUGAGGGAUUGAAUGGGAUUCACAAAGCGGAACGCCCUCAAUCUGACGACUCGGAGGAGCUAAGCUGUGAUCAGCUCCGGGUGAUUGCCCAUUCACUGCUCAAGUUUCUGGAGAAGAACACUCUCAAGGCCUUUGCGACUGCGUUUUCUCCGUAUGUCAACAGCGUGGUCCCAUCUGAAGAAUCUAUCAGAGCUCUCCAAGCCGCCCAAGCUGUUCUGCUUGAUGGUGGUACCUCGGUUUACUCCGUCUUACACGGAGGUUGGGACUGCAAAGAACACUCGGAGGAUGAAGAUGAAGUGUUUGAGUGGUAGUAUCAAGUGAAGUAGCUCCCACGGUUAUGUUUUCUAUGUCUUUUGACUCUUCGGAUUUCUCAAACUCUCGAAAUUAGUUGUCAUAGGCACUUAGGUUGAAAUAUUGGUUCAGCAAUGUUAGAUGAACCAUGACAACAUUUAAAGUAACUACUGCAAAAUGUAAUUCAGUGAUAACCUCUGGUUCUUUUUAACUAUAAACCGUGACAUGCGUGACUUGAUAAAUGUUGGAAAACUAAUUUCGUUAUGACGAGGGUGUAAAUAAUUAAUCACUAGAUAAUAA